UGAUUUUCCUCUCACUUUACUUCUAGCGCAUAGUGACAUUUCUUGCUUCUUGUAUCUUGUGUGUGACAACAAAGAUGACAGCCAAGAAGCUGGAGGUUUCCAUUCCAAUGUCGCUGUUAUCAUUUAGUAAAAGUAUUGACCGAGGUUCCUAUGAAAAGCUAUCCAUACGGGACAGUGCUAGAUCCCUUAAGAAGUAUGGAUCGACGAGUAGUAAAAAUGCGACCAAGAAUGAAAGUUUUGUAAAACAUUUUGUCACUAAUAGUGAUACGUUGCAAGGACUGGCUGUUAAAUAUAAUGUUACGAUAGAACAAAUUCGCAGAGCAAAUAAACUCUGGGCAUCGGACAGUUUAUUUUUAAGAGAAUACCUUCUCAUACCGCAAGAAGAAGGUGAGUCAACGAGUACUGAUUUACCGUCGCCUUCGGACUCGUCGUUGUUGAGCCCGGAAGCGGAGAGUUCUCACUCGGUACAGAGCAGAACGGGGUUGAUAACGAGCGGUAGUUUCGAUGAGGAAAACAUUACUGAUUUCCUAAGUAAGAUUGAUGCUUCCAUAGCGAAUACAAAAGAAGUUGUGAAGAAAGUUACCACUAAUAGCGAAUUCGGUUCCGACCCAGCCUCCUUAGCAGAUUACCAACGGCGCAAACCGCAGGCACGUCUGAAACAACAACAUUAUCAACAGCAGCAGCAGCAGAACAAUAAUGUAUCAGCGACGCAGCGACAUAGCGAUCCACUCAGAUCGUCAGCACCUUUAAAUACGGUGGUCACCAUUCAACAAGGUAAAAAGGUUCGAACCAGCCUCGAGCUGCACGAGCAACAACAGGACGAGCUCUUUGAGUUGUAGCAGUGCUGGAUCAAAUUAAUUUUCGUUUUCGUUAUUUAUCAGUACGUUUGAAUCAGCUGGGGCCUUUUGAGUGCAAUGCAGUCUGUCUGUUUGUCUGUAUUUUGGUGUUUCGAUUUGGUAAAUGAUUUUUAUACUUUUAUCUGUUAAGCUGGUACCGCAUCUCAUGACCGUGAUAAUGGAACUAGAAUUCCAAUUAAUUGUUGCUUUCUCCAAAGAUUUAAGUCAGAUGCUUGCGUAUCUGAUUUAAAAGGUUAUAGUUAUCGCAACCAUAAUCUAUUUUCUGUGAUCUGGAACGAACAGCCGGACGUUUUUAAUAAUAUUUAUAAUACCGAUAUUUUUUUAUGGAACACUGACAAACGUAUCCAUGAACCCAGUUUUGAGGAACAGAAACUAUGUUUUCUUUUAAAAAAAUAUACUUUUUAUAAUAAUUCAAUUACAAUAAUUCAAUAAAAAUAGUAAUACACUUGUAAAAAUUAUUAAGAAACUAAUAUUCAGUCUCAUUCAGCUUAUUUGCAGUUGCACAGCUCGGGAUGGAUUUCAGAUUCAAGAUUCUUAUUUGAUGCUUUUGUUUUUGGAUUUUGUUACAAAUGGGUACAUACUAUAAGUUAAUAUUAAAAUAUAUAUAUAUAUAUAUAUAUAUAUAUAUAUAUAUAUAUAUAUAUAUAAAUAAAUAAUAGGAAGUAAGUGGAAAUUUGAUAAGCUUUAUUGAAAAAAAUUAUUUAAAGAUCUCUUACACGUCUAGUAAGACAAUGCUCUGGAGUACACAAAGGGUGACUUUAGAGAUUAAAUGAAAACACGGUUUUCUCUUUUAGUUUUACCCAUAGACUUAUAACCAAGGAUAGACCCAGCAUGUUUACAUUAAACGAAAUCAUACACGCAUAUAGAUAUUAAGGCCAUGAUGCCAAGUUGAAAAGAUGUUUCGCCGGAAAAUGUAUUAUUUUUCUAUUUAAUUGCCAAUAAUCCACAAAUUAUCACACUAUUUACUGUAACAAGUCCCCAUAUCAAAAUGAAAAUAUUCGUGUCAUGCAAAAUUUGUUCCUCAGGUACCUAAAUACCUAGAAAUACAAUAAAAUACCAGUUUUAUACGACCGCACCCAAAACAACGGAAUUUCCGAAACAAACUGACCUGGUGACGAAAGUGGCAACUCAUCUGUUUACGACGUAAAUUCAUUUUUACUAUUUCAUUCAUUUUUCGUUUGCGCUGUUGCCUAACAGAGAUCUCGAGCUUUAUAGUCGUUUUUUUGUGAUUAUUUGAUUGUUUUUAACGUUUUUUGUGUUGUUUUGGACUAUUAAGACUUAAUACCCUGACUAAAAAGUGUCACGUGUGCCAAAGAACGAGUACUACGUCGGAAAAUGUAUAUUUUCAUAGGUAAGCAAGAAUAUUUACGUCAAGCAUGAUUUUGAUUAUCAGUGGCGGCGCUACGCCACGAAAUGAUAGUAAACCAUACCAUAAAAUAAUGUCGUUUUCAUUUCAUUACAAUAAAGUAGUGUAUUUUAUAAUAUUAUAUAUUGUAUUUUGUGAGUUCAUUCAUGAAAUAAAAUAAUAUAACUUUUAGGUAGGUAUAAUAACAUAAAUAUAGAAAUUAAAUAAAAAAGUUCACGGUAUGUUUUGUUUUUUUAUGCACAGUACAUGCUAGGCAAAAUAACAUUAUCUCAUUAUAUAAAAUAAGGAUUGGUCAACUUUUAACUUUUUAUACUAAAAUCAAUUUGAUUUGCCUCGGAUUUGCAUUUGCCCAUAGUAAAAUAAACUUUUUUUAAGUGAUUGCUUUUUUCAAAUUUAUUUUUUGAUAUUUUUUCUUGAAAAUAAGUUGUUUGUUUUGUUUUUUUGUUGUAAUAAUCCCAAACAAGUAAUGAAAAUUUAUCAUGCUUUAAAUAUUUAGUAAGAGUAAGUAGGUAUUUUAUUUUCCUGCAUGAACUCAUAAAAAUAAAAACACUUGUCACUUUUUUGUAUUUUGUUUGCAUGAACCAAAUAUUAGGUACCUAAAUCUUUCGUUAAAAAUAUCUAUUUAAUUCUAGACUAGUAAUAAUGUUAUUUUAUUACUUACCCCCUAAAGUACUUUAUAAAUACUAGAUUUUAAUUUUUUAGAUUUCCAUCUGAACCAAUCAACUGAAUAAACCAAUUACCAAAAUCUGCACUGAUUUGCUCUGAACAUUUUAAGUCAUCUGACUUUUUUCAGAGUCGAGAUGACAAAAAAUGUCUUAAGCCAGGUUCCCUUCCAAAGUUAGUGGGAUCUCUUUAUGAUAGUUCCUCGACUAGCUUAUCAUCUCAAAUUUUUAUCCUGCAUACCUGGCCCUUCAGAAAUGAUACAGAGAUCAUCACCUACAUCUUCAAGGACAGCUACUGCCUCUGAAGCUGAAUCAGAGGCCUGUACUAGUGUUUCAGCUGAUCAUUCCACAUUACAGUCCAAGGCAGUUGACGGAGAUAGCCUUCCUGAAGCUAAGGAGGCACUGGUGUUUAUGGUGGUAGCCAUCAAUGAUUCUUGAAAAGUGCCUGUUGGGUAUUUUCUUCUAAAUGGGCUUGAAUCUGCCGCUAAGCAGACUUAGUAAUUAAUUGUAUCAGAUUAAUACUGUGAUGACAGUAAUACUGUGAAUUUAUUUAUGCGAAUAAAUUUAUAUAUUAUUUUAGAAAAUCUUUGGUUUUCGUUUUUACUGCAUACCCCAUAACAUUUUAUAAGAAAAAAGAAUCUCUUAUAAAAUGCUCAUAGUGGAAAAAAUAAUUAUUACAAAAGUAUUGAUCCCAUGGAGAACCUUAAUACCUCGAGUCUUAAAAACAACAUUUUUUUUUAAAAUAUGUAAUUAAUUAAUUGAUUAAUAAAUUCAUAACAAUGUUACCGGCCAAAGCUGUCGGUUUUUAACAAUUUUAAAUAAUAUUUUAUACCGAUUUAAAAAAAAUAAAUGAAAAUUUUCGCGUAAAUUCAAGCUUCAAUUUCUAAAACACUGAGCGGUAGAGACACAAUUUGUUUAUGCUAUCUUAACACGAAAAUAAACAAGCCCUUUAAAUUUCAACCUGCUGCCGACCUACUUUCUUUGCAAUUUUUAAAAUUUCCGCUUCAAAAACAGCCCGUACGUUUCGUAUGGCAAUAAUAAUUUAUUAUUAUUGUUAUUAUGAUAUAAAAUGGGUGUGUACUUUCAUUUUACCACUUUUUCAUUUAUCUGCCACACGUAAUAGGUAUAAAUUUGUUGACAAAUUUUCAAAUUGUCUCAGUAAUCCAAAUGACAUCCGGUUGUAUAUCAUAUUUACAAUAUUUUAUCAGUUGAUAAAGAUAUUUUAUAAGAAUUAAGGAUUUAUUAAAUGUAAAGUCAAUUAAAAUAAAUAAUAUAUUGAAAAGAAAAAAUAGUAUUACAAAAAAUUAACUACGCCUAUGGCUGUUGAAACGAAAUGACCGAAAUGAAAAAUCGAUACAUUGAGGCAUGCGUGUUUCACAGCGACAUCAGAGCAGCAGUCGCUGCCGCGGACGGUGCGACGUUGCCAAACGAUGGUUUAUCGCUUUUCCUAAAUUUCCAUGACUGAUCGCUACUUAUUGCGAUUUAUGAAUGAGUAGUUUGGUCUAUCCUUGGUUAUAAGUCUAUGGUUUUACCCAAUAUUACCGAAGUUAAUGGAUGGAUUAAAAAUAGCUUAAUUAACAAAAGUAUUUUGUUAGAGAAAAGUAAGCACCUUUUUAAUAAGUUUUUGAGACUAUAACAAAUUUUUGAAAAAAAUUUCUUGUAAUAAAAGAAAUCUACAAUAAUUUUAAUAUUUUUUAUAACUUGUUAGAAAACAUUUAUGGAAAAAAACGGAAACUUGUGUCUUUAAGGGCCGGUAUUAAAUUGUCCGGUUGACCGCAGGUUGAGUUUCAACUGAACGUCAAACGUAUUAUAAGCUUUCUGUCGAACUGUCGGUUGAGCUGCGGUUCACUCAAACCGUAGCCAGAACCACCGUUUGAAAUUAUGAACUGACAGUUAAGUGAAGUAAGUGUUUUACAAAUGUUUUUUGUUUAUUUUGGUGCAAGGCAAGAGAUAGAGAAAUUGAAAAUUCUUAUUUAUUUUUCUAUAAAGGAAACUAUUAAAAUUAAUUUUGCUUGUAUGUAAAAAUUUCAUCUUCAUCUUCACCUGAAAAAAGUAGAUUUCUAUGGGAAUCUCGCAAUAACGAGGACGAAUUAUCUAGUGGUAGUGAUGAAAACCAAAAUCAAGCUGUAAGAGCCCAUGUCAUGUCAUGCACUGUUUCUUCCGCGCUAGCAUCAAAUGGCUCUUGCCGGUCUUUUGAGAUCGUACUGUUGUCGACAUUUGGCGCCAUCUUUUUAUGAUUCAGGGUCGCAUCUAGGUGCUUUGCAUUUUUGAUUCGCUCGGAACAUAGGAAUCGACUAAACGGGAUAAGUUUCCUUUGAAACUGACAUUUAUUUAUAUAAAAAUAUAUAUACAUAUAUACAUGCUAAUCCUAAGAUUUAUGCCUACUAAACCAAAUUGAUAUUUUCUUAAAAUUAAGGUAUUGACAUAAAAACAAAAAUAGGUGUCCUUUGUGAGGAAAAUGUGCGGAAGUUAGUUGGCCUCCACUGGUUUAAUGCUCUGCAGCAGCAUUUGGAAUUGCAGCUGCAUCGAAGCAAAGAAUGCUUGGAGCAUGGCAUUCGGUACCGGGCAGAGGUGGGGCAGCAGCUGCUGCUGGAUGCUGGGGUGUGGAGGGAGCAGCAAUGCCGCUGUUGUCCUGGGUGCCCCAGUUGAAUGGGCGAUCCCGUCUGGCAGCUUUGGUCUUCAGGAUCUGUCUCGGGUUUCUGGGGGAUCCCAGGUAUUUCUCUGUAUGCGGUCCUCCGCAAUUUGCGCAUGUGGCUGGCUGGUCCCUUGGUUUUGUGCAUUCAGCGGUUGCGUGAAGUUGGCCACACUUCACGCAUUUGAAGGCUGCUGUACACCUGUGCCCGUGGAGUUGGCACCUGUAGCACUGGAUCCUCCUGGAUUUAUUUCUCUGGGCUUCCACCCUGAUUUUGAUGCCCCUCAGCUCCGUGACUGAGAAGAUUGAUUUCUCCUCUCUGGAGCUUAACGAGGACUAGCGGCGUGGCCUGUCUGUGCCUAUUGUAAUUCCGGGCUGCAGUAUGUGGGUGGAAUCUCAGCUUCUUUAGGUCCUCCAGGAUGCUCUUAGCUGGCCAGUGCUCGAGCGGUCCUCGGAAAACGAUGUAUAAUAAUAAUAAUAAUAAUAUUUCCUUUAUUGCCAACAAAAUCAAAAUAAAUUUGACAAAGCAACGUCAAGCAGAAAUGGUGAAUUCCCUAAAAUAGAUUCACGAUGAAUAUUGCAUAUAAUAAGAAACAUGAUACAAUCAAAUACAUAUAGAAUAAAAUGAAAUAGACUAACAAACAGUAAAAGUUAAAACAGCAACUACAAAGUUAAAAUUACAAUAUCAAUAAAUGAAGUUCAAAAUAUAUAGAAUAUGUACAUAUGUGUAACAGGUUCACAGGUCUGGCACAUCAAAAUCUAAAUUUAAAAUCAUAAAAGCACUUAUCUAAAAGAAACUGACUAGUGGCUUUCCUAAAUUUAACACUAUUAUUAAUGGAUUUUAUUUCUGGUGGUAAUAACCCAUAUGCUUUAACUGCCAUAUAAUAAGGACCCCUUUCAAAAAACGCUGAACCAUGGGCUGGUGCCCGAAGAUCUUCCCUCCCCCUUGUGAUUACUGCAAUAUCAGUGCCAUAAUGGUCACUGUUUACUGAAAAAAGGUGUGGGUGCCGUUUGACAAACAUCACUAAGGACAUAAAGUAAAUUGAAGGCACAGUCAUUAUGUUCAGUGAUUCAAAAUGUGGUUUGCAUGUUGUUCCAGGGCGCAACCCCAGCAUAGCUCUGAUGAUCCUUUUCUGAACUACAAAAAUUUGAGGAGCCACAGAGGAUGAUCCCCAAAACAUCACACUAUAGGCAAUCAAUGACUGCACCCCUGCAAAAUAAAACUGUCUUAUGGAAUUUACUGUUAAUGAAUAUUUUAGUCUUCGCACUAAUGCACAAAAGAUAUUUAGUUUAGAUUGGAGCACCCUCACAUGUUCCUCCCAGCCAAGAGCAGUGUCCAAGGUGACCCCUAAAAAUUUAACUGUGUUUUCUACAGGUACUGAUUUGCCUCGCAUUUUCAAAUAAACAGACUCUGUUAAAUUGGGAUUUUUCUGAAAUAGCAUUAGACCAGUCUUUUCGCAGUUCAGAAUUAACCCUGCCUCAUCACACCAAUCCUGCAUUGUCCCCGCUGCACAUGAGCACUCGUUAGCCAGGCUCCCAAAAUCCUGCCCCACCACGACAGCCGAUGUAUCAUCAGCAUACUGGCAGAGGAGUCCCGCAGCCACCUCAUCUGAAAGUGAAUUCACAUACAACAGAAACAGCACAGGACCGAGAAUCGAGCCCUGAGGUACACCUUGCGAAACAAUAACUGGCUUAGAAUAAUAAUUUCUAUUGUCCUUUGAGAUACACACAAUUUGUUUUCUUUCCUCCAGAUAAGACCCCAGUAAAGCACCAGACAAUCCUCUCAAACCAUAGUGUUCCAAUCUAUGUAACAACAUCCUAUGAUCAAUGGUGUCAAAGGCCUUAGAAAGAUCAAAAAAAGCCCAGCCACCCUCCUGUUACAGUCAACAUUGUUUAUUAUAUGAUUUAUUGUUGUGAAUAUUGCCAAUUGUGUUGAUCGAUUAGGUCUAAAGCCAUACUGUUUAUCAGAAAGUAUAUUAUACUGAUCUAAGAAGGUCAUCAAUCUCCUGUCCUCUGGCAAGGAGAAGGAGUGGAAUGGCACUUGAUGUUCGUCUAGGUGAUUCUGGGUUUUCCUGUAGUCCUCAAUCCACUGCGGAUGAGUGUUUACGCCGUCACGUGUGUUGACGACGCGGCCUUGGUUUACCCCUAUAGCUUUGAGAGCAGCAGAUACCUCCUCGUAUCUCUACUUCUCUCGGAUGACGGUUGGUGGGAUUUUGGUCUUCGUUGGUGGCGGAGCGGGCUCGGUUUUGGGCUCAGGUGGAAGUGUUCCUGAACCCAGCUCUGGAAGUGGAGGAAGCCUGGGUAGGUUGUUUGGUGGGCUGGGCCUGGCUCAUGGUGGGAGUCUUCCUUGCGACCGUCUCCGGGUCUGAGGUCUUCCUCCUGCUGACGACAGGUUAUAACCCGUCGUCUUCGUCCUGGUGGCCUGCUGGAGUCACAGGGCAGGAGCUAGGCUCCUGUGCUGGAAGUUCGGCCAUCUCGAUGGUCUCAGCAGGCGUUUCCAGGGCGGCAGGGAGGAGGCUUUAACUGCGGGACUGGCCUGUACCGCAGCAGAAGCAGACGGCAAGGCGGACUCAAGAGCCUUUAUCCGGCUCUUGAGUGCCCUGGUCGUCCGAUGGAAGACCCGGCGGAGAUCGUUCAUCUCCUCCUUGUGCCUCCUUUUAGCACUUCUCAUGAGGAAAACGUAGUAAUGUGUUAAUUCCUCUUGAUUCGACGGUGCGGUUUGUUAAGUGGCCAGGUCCGCUCUUAGUUCGGCCUCAUCCUGUGGUGUUGGCUCAUCCUCGUCCGUGUUGCAGAAUUCCGAGAAAUCCUCGUCAUCGUCCAACAGGAAGGAAGAGUUAUCUUCAUCUUGAUGAUCCAUGGUUGACUCGAUCGUCGGGCAGAAGGACACAGGGUUGGUCGCACUGGUACACUCGGCACAGCGAAACUGGUUCAGAGAACACUUCGACGUUGGGUGCAGGUGAUGUGCACUCAACGGAGGACGGACUCUCUUAGUUGCUCUUGUAUUUUAGGCUCCAUUGAAGAUGCAUUAUAUAACUCAGUAAUUUUUUUCCAAGCAGAAAUCUAAAAUUACCAUCAAUAAUUAUUCCACUCCUUUGUACUAAAAAUUGUGUUUACCUUUUGCCUCCUGAUUACAGCAUCAGUUUUCUUACUUUCUACUAUAUCCUUAAACUUACCAAAUCUACUACUAAAGUAUGGCAGUCCGAAUCGGUAGAAACGAUUCUUUUUUCUUUACCACUCAUUGUAAUCAUUUACUUAACCACCCAAAUAUUUUAUUCUGUUCACAUUCCGCGUUUCGUAGCCGUGGACUUCUCCAUGCACACUAUAUUGUGAUUUAUUUCUGUGUACCCACAACAGAUUUUCAAAUAUAUAAACAGAUGAUAGGAUAAGUAUGCCUAGAUUCGUAAAAACAUGUCCACAAUCAUCGCUAAAACUAAGUCCGUCUUCAGCGUUUCAACUCAGCGUUCAGCAAAUAAUCUCUUUAUACGAUGCCCCCAUGCUAAAAUGGCGUAAGUUGAAACAGGAUGUCCGCAUGCCAUUGAAAGAGAGGGUCCAAAUGGACUCCUAAAAAUUUAACUGAUAAAGUGCUGGCCAUCUCCGACUGUCUCAUAGUGAAAAUGACCUUAUUUGUCUUUUCUGCAUUUAAGUGUAGAGGGUUCCUGUUAAACCACUCUUGCACUUGACCCUGGUAUAGCAUCCAUCCCCAGCUCCGCACCCUCCAGCGAGUCAGCUGCAGAACUUACUGGUUUGUUCUAUUAAAGGCAAGUCAUUUAUAUAGAUUAAGAAAAGUAUGGGGCCCAAAACUGAGCCUUGGGGAACCCCUAUGGUAAUAUUACUUUGAGCUGAUGACACCCCAUUCACACUCACAACCUGUCCCUUAUCUGUCAAAUACGAAGCCAGAAAUUUAAUACUAUCAGGACUAAAACUAGCAAGUUUUUGCAACAGAAUACUAUGCCUAGAGACACCAGAAUACAGAAUACUACACAAUCAAAUGCUUUGCUCACAGGAGAGUCACACAACAAGACACUGCUAAAAUUUAAGUUAUUAAAAGAAUCCAUGACAAAAGCAACAGGGUCAGGAUUGCCAUAACUGUAUUCCGGUUUUUUCGGAAACCAAACUGGCAGGUUGUGAAUAAAUAAUUUUCCUGAAAAACCCUUACUAACUGCAUAGCAAUGCUCUUCUCAAAAAUCUUUGAAUACAUUGGUGGUAAUGAGAUCGGCCGAUAUUUUUCCGGUUUGUUACUAAUGUAGUAUCCGAACGUAGAUACAUGCAACUUGUCUGUUUUCUUGCAUAAUGUGACUUGUACUGUGGAUAUUGUUUAAUAUGUCGGCGGAUAACUUUCACGUUUCUUUUAUUUGAGUUUUUAACCCUUUUUUUAUUAGAUUUUUCAGCACCAAUGCACAAAUUAGAGCCCGCUGUGCAUCAUGAUAGGUACAUAAAACUUUUCAUAUUCCUGUUUUGCUGCUUCCACCCCUAAUUAAAAGACAUUUGCACAGAAAUUGUCAAAGUUCUUUUUAGUUUUCCCUUUUGAGUGAAAUGUGUUUUAUUCUGGAUAUUUUUCAUUUUUCGAAUAUUUCUGUUUUACUCAGAAAACUUUCUUUUCCUGCCCCUGGCCGACCCUUGAUUUAAUUUUCAUUCUGUUUUUCUUGCAGGGGUAGUUGUUCAUCUUCAUCUGGAAUUUCACUUAUGUCUUUCGUGACGUCAAUUUGGAGCCGACAAAGAGUAUGCCGGAUUUUUAUCUAUCGCGUGUAAAAAUAUAAUCAUUUUUUACUAACAAAAUAAAACUAUUUUUCUAUGAUACCUGUUUACUGCCUGCUACUAGGCUUAGGGAUGAAGAGGUAGAAAGCUAAAAUUUAUUUUUAUUCGCUAACAAGAGUCUAAAAGGCAUUGCGGUUUCUGAUCAAAGUUGUCUGAAAUACCUUGAUUUGCUUAUUAUUUAGUCCGAAGCCUGUGUAUGAAUUUCUACGUGUCGUAUAUAUUUAUUUUUUCUAUUUUUUUAAAGAAAACAUUUUUCUUCUUCAUAAUUGGUUUUACGGUGUUUGAUAAAAAAUGGUAGCAUUAACAUUUACUUAAUACAUUACAUUAAAAGACCAGAAGCGUCCGAAUUAUUGCAUACAAAUAAAUCAAUGAAUCAAAAUAAAUUAUUGAAUCAAAGAAAAUAGAUUAUCGUUGACGGCAACUAUAUAUAAUGGUUUAAGAUGCAAAAUUUACUGGCUUUUGAGCGUUUGUGAUCAAGAGGCAAAGUGCAAAGGUUUUAGUACUUUUGGGUGUUAGAAUAGGUUUUUAAAAAAGCACUGAACGCACGAAACUGCACUGACACGGCCUAUAGAAAUAGGAAUUGCUUAAAUAAUUUUAGUUAAAUCUUUUCUUUUUGUAUGAUUAUCUUGCGGUUUUGCUGUCUUCUGUGUUAAAAUAUAUUUUGACUUUUUGUGUUCGGGAUUUCAAUUGCACAUAAGAUAAUAAGGUUUGAUAACUGCUGAAAUUUUUAAAUCUUGCCUAAUAAUUAGUUGUGCAACUUUACAAAAUACUCAGAUUUUCAAACAUUUUGAAAAUUAACGAAAUAUUUUUUCCUAAUUAAAAAGUCAACAUUUAACGAAGUAAUAAUGAACUAGUCCGAAUCAAUUAUAAGUUAUUUAAUCUUACUCUUAGCAGUCAAACAAGUGCGAUCAUAUGCUACGAUAAAUUUGCACAACUUUGUAAAUAUGUAUGUACCUAACUAAAUAUACUACUGGCCGCUUCGUGUGGCCAUUAACUGUUAUACAUAUUUGUAAUAAAUAAUAAAUGUUAUUUAAAUAGUUAA